UCUGUUUGGCAAAAGAGGUUUUGGAGGAAGAGAACUUUAGAGCUGCCGGUUGAUUUUCUCUUUCACUUUCUCUUUCCCUUGGAGAAGAAGUUUUAAGUUUUUCCGCUUCAGAUUUCGAAAGAAGCAAGCAAUAAUGGACGUAAUCAAGUCGCAGCAAAUAUCAGCUCGGCCGAUUGAGAAAGUGAUAGUACAUCCGCUGGUACUUCUGAGCAUCGUAGACCACUAUAAUAGAGUUGCGAGGGACACCAGGAAACGUGUUGUUGGGGUUUUGCUUGGGACUUCUUUCAAAGGCACCGUUGAUGUUACCAAUAGCUAUGCAGUGCCCUUUGAAGAGGAUGACAGGGACCCAAGUAUCUGGUUUCUUGACCAUAACUAUCAUGAAUCAAUGUUUUCCAUGUUCCGUAGGAUAAACGCCAAGGAGCAUGUUGUCGGCUGGUAUAGCACUGGUCCAAAACUUAGGGAAAAUGACCUGAACAUCCAUGGGCUUUUUAAUGACUAUGUCCCCACUCCAGUCUUGGUUAUAAUUGACGUCCAGCCCAAGGAGCUAGGAAUACCAACUAAGGCAUACUAUGCAGUUGAGGAAGUUAAAGAGAAUGCAACUCAAAAAAGCCAGAAGGUGUUUGUGCAUGUACCUUCAGAAAUUGCUGCUCAUGAAGUUGAAGAAAUUGGUGUUGAGCACUUGCUAAGGGAUGUGAAAGAUACUACAAUCAGUACUCUUGCAACUGAGGUAACUGGGAAACUGGCAGCUUUGAAGGGAUUGGAUGCUCGACUUCAAGAGAUACGAAGUUAUCUAGAUCUUGUCAUUGAUGGGAAGCUUCCUUUGAACCAUGAGAUUCUAUACCAUUUGCAGGAUGUCUUCAACCUACUGCCAAAUCUAAAUGUUGCUGAAUUAGUUAAAGCAUUUUCAGUGAAGACGAAUGAUAUGAUGUUGGUCAUAUACCUAUCUUCACUUAUCCGAAGUGUAAUUGCUCUCCAUAACUUGAUCAACAACAAGAUGCUUAACAAGGAACAUGAAAAGGCUGAGGAUUCAAAGCCUCUUGCAGUGCCAACUGCAGCUGGAAGCUAAGCACUCAGUCCCCCUUCUUCCCCCUUUUGGUCAUUCACUGCACAACACUUGUAGCUUGUUGCAAUUGGAACCUGAAUCUGCCUUGUGACAAUCUUGCACGUGGAGGAAAUCUCUUAUGUUUUAGCAUGUCUUCCGUUAGCAUUGUUCCUCCAGAUUUUAGAUUUAGAUCGACUGACAGAGAACAUAUAUUUUUCUUUGUAUUAACUGAUCAAACUUCGUCCCUUGUUUCUUUUUCCAAAUUCAGUUAAAAAAACAGGCUCAACUACAUGGUGUGUCGUGUAUGAAUUAAUCGCUUGGUACCUAAAAUAGAUGAAUGUGACUUCUUAUUUCUUAA